UCAAAGUUUGAAUUUAAAACUUAUUGUGCCUUCUAUGAAUACUCCUUGGAUUGAAAAAUAUCGUCCAAAAACUCUUGAUGAUGUUGUUGGUAAUCCAGAAAUUAUUAAACGUUUAAAAGAAUUUUCAAAAACUGGGAAUAUACCCAAUUUAAUUAUUUCGGGACCUCCCGGUUGUGGGAAAACUACAAGUAUUUGGGCGUUGGCUAGAGAUAUGCUUGGUGAUAAAGUAAAGGAUGCUUGUCUUGAAUUAAAUGCUAGUGAUGAACGAGGUAUUGAUGUAGUUAGAGAACGAAUAAAACGUUUUGCUUCAACAAAAGUAACUUUGCCUGAUAAUAUUCAGAAAAUUGUUAUUUUGGAUGAAGCUGAUAGUAUGACUGAAGGAGCACAACAAGCAUUACGUAGAAUUAUGGAGUUCGACUACAAGAUUUGCAUUUGCCUGUAAUCAAUCAGACAAAAUAAUUGAACCUCUACAAUCUCGUUGUGCAAUUGUAAGAUUCACAAAAUUAAGUGAUGAACAACUUUUGGAAAGAAUUCAUUAUAUUUGUAAACAAGAAA